AUGCCGAGAUCAACUAUAAUCUCUCUAUGUGAGGAACAGGUCAAGGGAGACACCCUGGUUCCUCUAGAAAACUCUGCCGAGUACAGAAUUGACCCCGGAGCUCCCGGCACACAGGACGGGAAAAGCUUCCAGCAGGAGACGAGACUCAGCUUCACCCCCUCGGUGCAGAGAGACCAGGGGGCCAAGUUCAUCUGCCGGGUGGGACACGUCACCCUAGAGAUCCCCCUGGAGAGACGCACUGGGGAGCUGCACGUGGCAGAGCCACCACAAGCUCCAGUUCUUCGCGAGAUCUCCCGGCCGCAGGUCCUGGCCCCCGGGGAGCGGGUCACACUGAGCUGCCACAUAUCCAGGUUCUACCCCAAGGAGCUGAGAGUGACCUGGUACCGACGGGGAAGGGGAGAGUCGGAGUUCAGGUGCUUAGACAAGCCGGACACCCACGAGAUUGUCACCCCAGACCCCACAGCCGCGCCAGACAGGAAAUCCUACUUCGUGAUGUCCCAGCUCCACUUCACCCCCGUGCUGCCCGAGGACGACGGGGCAGAGUACCGGUGUUCUGUGGAACAUGAAACCCUGCAGGAGCCUGAAGGAAAAUCCACUGGGCCGCUGGAGCUGCGAGGUACGAGCGAGCGGGGCCGGGCAGCGCCGCGCUGACGCUGGGGUGGUUGUGGCUGAGGAGGUCU